AAGAGAUCAGUGUGUUUUGCACACAGACACACAGAAAUGGCAGUAUCUCGCUGGAAGGCUGUGGGCAGCACUCUGCUUGCUGCGUUUUUAGUGGGGCUGGUAGUGCUUAUAGCCGUUUUGCUCAUCAGAACUUACACUUUGCCUACAGCGGUCAGGAAGUGGAAUAGGAAUGAAAGUCUGAUCACUGAACUUGCUGAGAAAGAGAGAAAGCAGCUGGUGGAGGCACUGAAAGGUGCCAUUCGCAUUCCCACUGUCUCCUUUUCAGAAGAGGAGCAGAAUACCACAGCACUCAGAGAGUUUGGAGAAUACAUACAGAAAGUCUUCCCUCAGGUUUUCUCCUCCAGUCUAAUCCAGCAUGAGGUUUUGGGAGGUUACAGUCACCUUUUUAAAGUACAAGGCUCUGACCACAAUCUACUUCCAUACAUGUUACUGGCUCACAUUGAUGUUGUACCAGCUCCACCAGAGUCCUGGGAGGUGCCACCUUUCUCUGGCGAGGAACGAGAUGGUUAUAUCUAUGGAAGAGGAACCCUAGAUGACAAGAACUGUGUUAUUGGAAUUCUUCAGUCACUUGAAUUCCUCCUGAAAAGAGGUCACAAACCUCGCCGAUCUUUCUACAUAGGCCUUGGACAUGAUGAAGAGAUAUCUGGCCACAAAGGUGCCCAGAAGAUUGUGGAGAAGUUGCAGUCUCAAGGAGUUAAGCUGGCAUUUGUUUUAGAUGAGGGCUUGGCAGUCCUAGAUGGGGUUAUUCAAGGCAUUAGUCAACCUGUCGCACUGGUUGGUACCACAGAAAAAGGAUCAGUUACCUUGGACCUCACAGUAAAUCGUUUACCUGGUCAUUCUUCUAUGCCGCCGUCUGAAACCAGCAUUGGGAUCCUAGCUGCAGCUGUGUCUAGACUAGAGCAGAAUAUGAUGCCUAAUAUGUUUGGAAAUGGUCCAGAACAAGACAUGUUUGAACAUCUUUCUACAAAGUUUGACUUUCCACUAAAUAUUAUCAUGGCAAAUCUAUGGCUAUUUUCACCCAUUUUAAGCAGAAUUCUGGAGCUGUCGCCUUCCACCAAUGCCAUAGUACGGACAACAACUGCUCUUACCAUCUUCAAAGCAGGGAUCAAGUCAAAUGUGAUCCCACCUACAGCCACAGCAACUGUUAAUUUCCGGCUUCACCCUGCACAGACGGUACAAGAGGUCCUGGAUAUUGUUCAGAACACUAUAAAGGAUGAAAGAGUGGAGCUAUCUGUCUUGAAUUCAUUCGAUCCUUUACCAGUCAGUCCGAAUGAUAUGAGUUUGGGGUACCAUAUUCUUCAGCGUACCAUUCAUGAUGUCUUUUCAGGACCUCCAGUUGCCCCAGGUGUUUGUGUUGGCAAUACAGACAGCCGCCAUUUUGUCAACUUGACCAACAGUAUCUACAGAUUUAGCCCUGUGGUGCUCAAAAAGGAGGAUGUGGAUAGGAUUCAUGGGUUGAAUGAGCGCAUUUCUAAAGAGGCAAUUGAACUCCUUGUCCAGUUCUACAUCCAGCUGAUUCAAAAUUCAGAUACAGAUAACAUCCCUCCACCACAUCUUGACACCCAUGAGCUUUAAUUGGAAGAUCAACUGUAUGGAUGGUUUUUUCAUGUAAGAAGAUGGUGAGGACUUUCUGCAUGUUGUAACACUGGCUUGCUGCAGCACCAUCCUGGCACCAUCUCCAGUUUAUGGAUUAAACUUAAUGUUCCCUACUAAUUAACUGUAUUAAAUGCCCUUUUUGGGCCUGCCAUGUGUAGGACUGUGUAGGAGUGAACAAAAGGCUAUCCCCGUAGAACAAAAGGAGCCUGGAUACCGAAAAUAGAUGCAGUGGAAUACAUAAUUGUCAGCACCAUAAAUUGUAUGAUCUAUGGCACAGAACAAUCAACCUCCACUUCUUGUUCAUGCUUCCUGGGCAGAGAGCCCACCCCAAGCCACUCCCCUUUUCCAGAUGGUGACCCAUUAAUUACAGCACAAGCUCUGGCCACCCCAGCCUGACUGAACAUAGCCUCUGUUAAUCUCCUCAUCUGCUUUGUCUCAUGUAGCAUUCUGGGAGAUGCAUACUGUUUUCCCAGUCACUGUGCCAUACAGUUACACUUAAUUAAAAGCUGCAGGAACAAACAGAGGAAGCUGUUCCUAUCUCUCACUGAAACUACAGGGUGAAUAUUGUCUCUCUCUGUAAUCAGUGAGCCUUAGGUAACAGUCCUAAGGAAAUCAAUUCAUACCAGCAAUGUUCACCAAGAGCAAUCCAUUAGGGCUCUGUGAGACCUUAACCCCCUUCUUAAAUGCAAACGGGUCCUCUAGUUCGCUAAAAAUUCCACCAUAAAUUUUGAUUAAAUAUCUAGAGCAAUUUUUACAAAUACCCUUUGCCCCUAAGAUCUUAGAAGCGUACAGUAUUUACAUUGCUUUUGAAAAUGUUAUCUAUGGGGAAAUUUAACAUUCCUGCUCAAAAAAAGAUCUGUUAAGCGCUGAAAACUUACUAGGGAGAUGAUGAAUAUACAUACCUCAAGUAUAAACACUUUUUAAACUUGAUUAUUUUUAUGUCAAAUAAUCUGACUUUAAGAGGAUAAUACAGAAAUGCAUGUCAACCUGUUUCACACAACAUAUAGCUAAUGACAUUUAGAUACAGUAUAUCAAAUUGCCCAUGUAUACGAAUUGUCCAGUUGUGCCCCUGGACACUCACUGCCAUAACAUGUACUUUAUGUACAGCUUCCAAUGCAGUACAGGCUUGCAUAAGGAGAGGAAGAUAACUGGCCCAUGUGCACAUGAAUGUCCUAAACUGUCCCUUUUUAAAGGGAUUAUUUAGGGUGUACUUUUCUAAAUUACACCAUAAUAGUAAAUUUCUAAAUUACACUGUUUACAUAACAAAUAAUUCACUCUACCAUUUAAAAUCUUAUUCUUGAAACAACAAACAUAUUUUUGGUGUUAUAUUAUAUUAUAUAUAUAUAUUGGUGUGUAGGCAGCCAUCUCAGUGCAUUGUGCCUUUCAGAAGAAGCCAGCGCUACACAUUAGAACUAAAAACAGCAGUGGCACUUUUGGUGCUUCCCCUGCUUCUGUUUCUUAACUUGUCUAAUGCCCAAUACAGCACCUAUCAUUAUUCCAACAAUAAUAACCAUCUUACUGUUUAUGGUUUAAUACCCAUUUCAUGACCAUGCUCCAUAUGCAUUCAUUUAAGGAACAAUACAGCAGUGGAUUUCUUCUGCAGCUAUACAUUAUCAUAAAAGGGUUAAUCAUGCCAAAACCUCUACAGAGCCACUUUAAUAUUUUUCCUAUUAGAUUUUUCUAAUUUAUUGUAUUUUGCAUAAAUGCAUAUUUAAAAUUCUAAACAUGCAUUGAGAUUACUUACUUGUGCUCUAUGACUUCAUAUAACAGUCUUUCUACAGAAUAUAUUUUAUUUUCUGCAGUACCAGAUGCAUUCUGUUCCUUCAUUAAAGUCUUGAUAAAAAUUCCUUUAAAUUUUAGGUGAUUAAGUAUUCAUUUAGCUCAACCUUUAGAAAACAGAGCUAAUUGCAGUGGUAAAUAUUUAUAUCUGUGAAAUGAUGCUGCUAAUUUUAUAUGCAAUAUUGUGUUUAUAUAAAUUAAUUUAUAUUGUACUUUUUGUACAACAUGGGGCUUGAUGCCACAGCAAAGAUAUAUAUAUAUUUAAUUGUCAAUGUGAAAUAAAAGAAUUGUUAAA